AUACAAUUGCAAGAAUAUAUCUGCUUAUUGCAUAUAUCUGCUUCAUUCUCACCUUCUCUUCUACAAAAACCGGCGCUGUGCUGUGGAUCCACCCUCCCGGCCUUCAAACCCUUCACCCAUUUUCACUCUCACCACAUCUCAACCACAUCUCCACCACCACCACACACAAUGAGCCUGACUUUCCAGUCGCAAGACCGCCAGGAGCGUCCAGAGCAGCAGCAGCAGCAUCGUCAAGAGCGCGGUGCUGGCGGAAACAGAGGCGGAUCUUAUAGAGGCCGGCACCAGCACCAACAGCACGACCGACCAAAGAAGGAAGCAAUCCUUGAUCUGGCCCGGUAUCAGGACAGAGAGAUCAGAGUCAAGUUCUCCGGGGGGAGGGAGGUCACUGGCAUCCUGAAAGGAUACGACCAGCUCAUGAACCUCGUCCUCGACGACGUCGUCGAGCAUCUGAGAGGCGACGUCGGUGAAGAUGGAAACGCGCCAGAAGAUCAAACAAGACCGCUCGGUCUCGUCGUCGUCCGUGGCCCGCUCCUUCUCCUCAUCUCUCCCGUCGACGGCAGCGAGGAGAUUGCAAACCCCUUCAUCGCCCAGGAGGAGGAGGCUAUUUAGGGAAACUUCUCUUACUAUUCUAUACUGUAUCAUAGCUCGUGUAUAAUCAAGU